GAAAUGAUUCCUCGAGUACCUCGAAUAAUUCAAGUACAAAAAAUCCUCGAGUCAAGUUAUCUGCCUCGAAGCUUCAUUUAAUUCAUGUUUAAUUAAUUAAUGACUUUGCAAUCACCCGUGGCCAUGUUUAACCCGGACCGAAAUAAGUGACUCACAUACACACUGCACUGAAUGCACACGCGAGUAGCGAACGCAACUUAACAUUCUUUUAUGCCAUGGUGGACAAUGUGGACCCCGGUGGAGUGCGAAAAAGACACAAAAUGUCAAAGGUGUGGGACCAUUUUUCACGUCGUAAGGCGGAAAACGUAGUCCAGUGUAAAUACUGUAAAAUGGAUUUAGCCUACCACAACACCACAUCCUUCAUGCUGCAGCACCUUUAAAUGUCACUUCUGCAAGUGGACUCGGAGCCUCUACAAGAUAAUGCAUUUUGGCCUGUUUUUCUAUAUAUUCUGCAGACACUGUGGGACUUUUUCAUUUGUAGUACUCAGUUUCAGCUCACACCGUACGUCUGGUAGCAACACGUCGGACUUAAAAUUAGCUAAAAAUAGCAGUUUUUACAACACGUUAGACUUUUUACUGUGUUAUUGAUGUCUGUUGUCCCUCAGGAUUGCUGCAGGAGGACACAGGUAUUUAUGAGGAAAACGAAAGAAAGUAAAUAAAUGUUUUGUGGUCAGUAUAAUUUGACAUAACCACGGCAAACAUGCUUUCGACAAUCCUUGUUAGUGUGAGACAAGAAAAGUGUAGAAAUUAAAACAGACGUGUGUUAAUAGGGAAAUAGCUGGCGAGCCAUGUUUGCGCAUGCGCCGUGAGAGGUUCUGGUGCUGUUUGGGCCGCAGCCAGUCACAUUUGUUUACUGUGAAGUAAAGUUGAAGUGCUGAAGUUUUGAAAACAAAUUUUGAAUAAAACUUGAAGAAUAACUGGCAAGUGCUUUCUCAUUUCAAGAUAUAUUUCAUAUUUUAUAAAAUGCUAUUUGAUAUAAUGGUUUAAAAACGCAGUAGAGUAAUUUAUUAGAGUACUCGAUUAAUCGAUAAAAGAUUCGAUAGAGUACUCGAUUACAAAAAUAUUCAAUAGCUGCAGCCCUAUUAAUCUUUCUACAUGUUUCUUACAAUUUUUUAUUUGGAUUUAUAUGUUGGGGCAGUCGACACUGUCCCUGUAAUGUUUAAUCCUAUCAGAGAAGACCAUUAAGGGGACUGUGUGUUUUUGAACUGGCAAAAUACUGAUGGAUGUAUUCACACAUCUAAACUUUACAAUCCCCAGAUUUCAAAAUGUCUUGUUGGGUUUUAAAGCUGCAAUAGUAAAUUUAGAAAAUAAAUGGCUUAAAAUAUUUAUUGUUCAUGCCUCUUAAUGUUCUAACAUACACUGCCUGGCCAAAACCAAAAGUCGCUACCAAAUUUGAUUAAAGCUCACAUUUGCUGUGGCAUUGUUUUGAUAAGCUUCUGCAAUGUCACAAGAUUUAUUUUCAUCCAGUCUUGCAUUGUUUCUCCAAGAUCUUGCAUUGAUGAUGGUAGUCUGACUGCUGCGCAGUCUUCUCCAGCACAUCCAAUAGUUUCCCAGUGGGGUUAAGUCCUAGUCUCUGUGAUGGCUGAUCCAUGUGUGAAUGGAUUUUAAUGUUCUCUUUGUUUCAUGUCCUCAAGGUUACAAGUCUCACCGAUGCCGCGAAAGCCGAUGAACCACUGGCGUCAAAACAAGACAUCCAGGUUUUAAGUCACACCGACGUAGCCGAAGCUGUGACAGUAGCAUCUCCCUUGUCAACACAAGACAUCCAGAGCUGCAAACAUGUUCUGUGCCCAUCCUCAAUGACCAGCAUGGAAAAAUGUGUCCAUUGCUUAGGACCAUAUUCAGCAAGAAAAUGGGAUGGUGUGAAAUGCAGAGAUUUGCGCUUCUGUGAUUCAUAAGUUUUAGAGUAUGUUCCUCUAUCUGGCACGAGAAAUGUUUCAACAACACCAUGAGGGAUUCUUCAUUGGUUUCUGAAGAAAGUGACCCAAGUGAUGAAGUGUCAGAGGAAGAAUAUGUCCCUGAUUCUGUAAGCUCUUCAAGUGAUUCAGACAAACUCUCAGAUAAGAAGCUACCACAACGUGAACAGUUUGAAGUUCAAGAAGAAGAAAUGUCUUUAAAGACUACUGCAAGAACUGAGGAUGCGGAGAACAUCCAGUCGUCUAGUGUAUCUUCUACUGAGAAGAAAAAUUAUUGCUUUGUUUGUGACAAGCCACAAUCUAAACUUGCUCGACACUUCCAAGUUCAUGAGAAGACACAUGCAGAAGUUGCUGAAGUUUUGGCUCUACCAAUAAAUUCGAAAAUGCGUAAACUAAAGUUGGAUCGUUUAAGGAACAAGGGAAACUGUAAACACAACUCUGAGGUUUACAAAAGUGGCAGUGGACUGCUAAAAAUCAAACGCAAACCAAAGAAGAUAUAUGACUUGAACCAGUAUGUGCACUGCACUUAUUGCCAAGGGCUUUAUCUUCGCAAGCACUUCUGGCGACAUGCUCAUAAAUGUAAAGCAAAACCACUGCAAGAUGAACAAGAGAGUGGAAGGGUCUUGACUUUGGCCUCAAUGGUGGACUCAUCCUUGUGUCAACAAAUAUCCCAAAGUGUUUGGAAGCUCUUAUCUGUGAUGAGAGAUGAUGAAGUGGCUACUGCUGUACGAAGUGAUUUUAACAUACUUCAGCUUGCACAGUCAUUUUUUAAUAAACAUGGCCAAGAUCCCACCAAGCACGAAUAUAUUCGUCAGAAGAUACGUGAAGUUGGAAGACUCCUUCUAAUCCUGCGCAAAGAUUAUUCAGUAUACAAUCUUGAAGAAGCAGUCAGGCCUUCAAAUUUCCAUACACUUGUCCAAGCUGUUAAGAAAGUCUCAGGGUUUGAUGAAGAAAAGCAUUCAUUCCAAACGCCAAGCCUUGCUCUGAAGUUAGGGCAUUCGUUGCACAAGAUUUGUGACAUUAUAAACUGUAAAGCUUUGAUGACAGGAGACUGUGAGCUAAAAAAGUCAACCCAAGCUUUCAAAAAACUGUACUCAACUAAGUGGUCUGAACUAGUGUCUCACACAGCUUUAACCACCUUAGAUGACAAGCACUUCAACAAACCAUCCACUCUCCCGUUCACUGAGGAUGUUAAACGUCUUCACCAACAUCUUGAAAAGGUUGGAAAUUCAGCAUCAGAGACCUUGAAAUGCGAUCCAUCACCACAAGCCUAUGGAGAACUUUGUAAAACUACACUGUCAAAAAUAAUUUUGUUCAACCGAAGACGAGGGGGAGAGGUUUCUAAAAUGCACCUGUCUGCCUUUGCUAUGAGGGACACAUCUCCUUUACAUAAAGAUGUUGCACUUGGUCUUUCACAAUUUGAACAAAAACUCUGUGCCCAUUUCAGCCGUGUUGAAAUUAAAGGUAAGAGGGGGCGAAAGGUUGCUGUACUAUUGUCGCCAGACAUGGUGGAAGCCAUCAACAUUCUCAUCAGCAGAAGACAAGAGUGUGGAGUGCCACAGAAAAACCCUUUUCUCUUUGCUCGACCCCACUGUCUCACUCCGUUUCGCGCACAGGACUGUCUGAGGCUUUAUUCAAAUCAGUGUGGUGCUCAAAGACCUGACCUGCUUCGAUCAACACAACUACGCAAGCAUGUUGCAACAUUAUCACAGGUUUUGAAUCUCAAAAACCAUGAACUGGACCAAGUUGCUGACUUUCUGGGACAUGAUAUUCGUGUUCAUAGAGAAUAUUAUAGGCUGCCAGAGGCCACAACCCAACUUGCAAAAAUAUCAAAAUUACUUAUUGCAUUGGACAAAGGGGCACUUUCUGAUCUUCAAGGCAAAACACUGGAGGAGAUAGAAAUUGAAGAUGAGCUUGACCUGACAGACUCUGAUGGAGGUGAAGAAAGUGAGACCGAGGAAUUGACAGAAUGCAGCACAAAUGAAGAACCCAGUGAACCUCCAGGCACCAGAGAUGAAAGCAAGAGAGCCAGAGAGCCUGUUGAUGAUAUUUCAGGUACAUCUAAGGAUGUUGACUCUCCUGGAGAAGGAACAUCUCAAGCAUUUCCUGAUCAAGAAGCCCAAAAGAAGCGCCCUCGAAGGAUUCAAAAGCGUCCCUGGUCUCCAAAAGAAGUUGCUGCAGUGAUGAAGUACUUUAGCAAACACAUCAACACUGGGAAGCUGGCAUCCUUCAUUGAAAUAGAACAGUGUAAAAAGGCUGAAUAUCUCGUCCUUAAAGGCCGAUCUCCACAGAACAUAAGAGACUUUGUUCGAAACAGAGGCAAAGCUAAAAAAAAAUCCUAGAUGUCUCGAUCGUUGAUGUUGAGCAAAAUGUUAAUUAAAGCUCCAUACAAGAAUAUUUGCUGUGCUUUCAAGUUGACAGUUGUAGUUCAAUAACCCUCCCACUAUCUUUAUGGGUGACCCCGCGAGGAAAGUUGACCAUUGAGCAGGAUUGAUGGUUUAUCCCUUGGGUCCACGUGGCAGGGGUGAGGUGGUGCUCACUCCUCACUUCUGCCACAUGGACCCAAGGGAUAAACCAUCAAUCCUGCUCAAUGGUCAACUUUCCUCGCAGGGUCACACCCAUUAGGACAGUGGGAGGGUUAAGCAGUGUUAAACACAAUAUUUAGUUGAUGUUUAGCUAAAUGUUCACCAAAGCUAUAAGGAAGUGAGAGUAUAAUGUGCUUGCCAUUUUUACUUUGUUUUAAGCUGUGAUUUUACGUUUAACAGUCAAAGAAUUUCAUGUUGAACCCUCCUUUUUGUAAAAAAAUAUAGCUCACUUGAGUAAAAUGAUAGACAUUAAUAAAACAGCUCAACCUUGCAA